GCGCGGUCGGUUCCGGGCGGGUGGGAACGCGCGAGCUAGCGAGCGAGAGGCAGCCGCGCCCGCCGCCGCCCCUGCUCUGUAUGCCGCUCUCUCCCGGCGCGGCCGCCGCCGAUCACAGCAGCAGGAGCCGCCGCCGCCGCGGUUGAUGUGUUUGGGCCGGGGCUGAGGAGGCCGCCAAGAUGCCGCAGUCCAAGUCCCGGAAGAUCGCGAUCCUGGGCUACCGGUCUGUGGGGAAAUCCUCAUUGACGAUUCAAUUUGUUGAAGGCCAAUUUGUGGACUCCUACGAUCCAACCAUAGAAAACACUUUUACAAAGUUGAUCACAGUAAAUGGACAAGAAUAUCAUCUUCAACUUGUAGACACAGCCGGGCAAGAUGAAUAUUCUAUCUUUCCUCAGACAUACUCCAUAGAUAUUAAUGGCUAUAUUCUUGUGUAUUCUGUUACAUCAAUCAAAAGUUUUGAAGUGAUUAAAGUUAUCCAUGGCAAAUUGUUAGAUAUGGUGGGGAAAGUACAAAUAUCUAUUAUGUUGGUUGGGAAUAAGAAAGACCUGCAUAUGGAAAGGGUGAUCAGUUAUGAAGAAGGGAAAGCUUUGGCAGAAUCUUGGAAUGCAGAUUUUUUGGAAUCUUCUGCUAAAGAAAAUCAGACUGCUGUUGAUGUUUUUCGAAGGAUAAUUUUGGAGGCAGAAAAAAUGGACGGGGCAGCUUCACAAGGCAAGUCUUCAUGCUUGGUGAUGUGAUUCUGCUGCAAAGCCUGAGGACACUGGGAAUAUAUUCUACCUGAAGAAGCAAACUGCCCGUUCUCCUUGAAGAUAAACUAUGCUUCUUUUUUCUUCUGUUAACCUGAAAGAUAUCAUUUGGGUCAGAGCUCCCCUCCCU